AUGGUUCAUGUCAUGUCCGUUGAAGAAGAGCAUAGAAAUGGAGGGAAAACAAGUUUCAAACGGUGUCGUACUGAGCAAGCGCUCUACAGUUCGCUGUGGGUGUGGUACCAUGCAAUUCAUAAGGAGGUGUACAAGUGGUUUGACAUAAAAUUUGAUGAGUUUGGCCGCACGUCAACUCCUCUGCAAACCCAAGUUUGCCAGGCAAUUUUCAAGAAAUUGGUGCACAACAAUUGGCUCUCUGAGAACCCAAUGCAACAGCUGUAUUGCGAAAACUGCCAACGAUUUUUGGCUGAUCGUCUCGUGGAAGGCACUUGUCCAACUCUAGGUUGUAAUUAUGAAUCAGCAAGAGGGGAUCAAUGUGAAAAAUGUGGGAAGUUAUUGAAUCCAACAGAAGUUAUAGAUCCCAAAUGCAAGUUUUGUCAGGCGACCCCAAUAAUCCGCUACACAAACCACUUGUUUCUAGAGCUUCCAUUGUUGAAGGACAAGUUAGAAGAGUACAUCACUGAAACAUCAGUAACUGGAUGUUGGAGUGAAAAUGCUGUUCAAGCUACAUAUGCCUGGCUUAAAGAAGGUCUUAAACCUCGCUGCAUUACCAGGGAUCUUAAGUGGGGUGUUCCUGUUCCUCAUGAAAAGUUCAAGGAUAAGGUUUUCUAUGUAUGGUUUGAUGCACCAAUUGGUUACAUCUCUAUCACUUCAUGCCAUACUGCUGAUUGGGAACAGUGGUGGAAGAACCCUGAAAAUGUAGAACUCUAUCAGUUUAUGGGCAAAGACAAUGUGCCUUUCCAUACUGUGAUGUUUCCAUCAACACUUAUUGGAACAGGAGAAAAAUGGACACUGAUGAAGAGCAUUAGUGUCACAGAGUACUUAAACUAUGAAUCGGGAAAGUUCUCUAAGAGCAAGGGGGUAGGAAUUUUUGGCACAGAUGUGAAAGAUACAAAUAUUCCUUCGGAAGUGUGGCGGUAUUAUCUGCUAAUUAACCGGCCAGAGAUAUCAGAUACCUUGUUUACAUGGGAGGACUUCCAAGCAAAACUGAACACUGAACUGUUAAACAACCUGGGAAAUUUUAUAAACCGAGUCUUGAGCUUCAUUGCCAAACCUCUAGGACGAGGAUAUGGAUCGACAAUUCCUGAUGCCCCAGGAGCAGAAUCAGAUCCCUUAACAAAGAAAUUGGCAGAAAAAGUUGGAAACUAUGUGGAGCAAUAUGUACAAGCAAUGGAAAAAGUUAAGCUAAAACAGGGAUUGAAGAUCGGAAUGAGCAUAUCCGGAGAAGGAAAUGCGUAUCUGCAAAUGAGCCAAUUCUGGGAUCUUUACAAGAAAGAUCAAGCUUCCUGUUCUAUUGUCACGAAAACCUCUGUAGGGCUAGUUUAUCUUCUGGCAUGGAUAUUACAGCCUUUUAUGCCGUCAUUUACUACAAAGGUUCUAAACCAGCUCAAUUUACCCGAAGCAGAAUUUUCACUUUCUGACGAAAGUGGAGACCUGGAAAGGGCAAAGAGACCAUGGGAGCUUCUACCUGCUGGUCAUAGAAUUGGAAUGCCAAGCCCAUUGUUUGCAGAACUGAGAAAUGAAGUUGUAAUUUUGUUUAGGGAGAAAUUUGGUGGGAAGCAAGCUCGUAGGGAUGUGAAGGCAGAAGGUGAAGGUGAAGGUGAAGGUGAAGCAAAGAGAAUUGCAGAACAAUUGAAGAAAGCAACAGUUUCUACUCGGCCAUCAGAUUGAUUUUGGGGUUGGAAGAGAAAUCCUAAGUCAGAACUAAGCAUUUCAUUGCCUAGAGAACAAUGGUAUUGUAUCAAGCACGAAAAUGGUUUGUUCCAUGUGGAUCAGUAUGUAGAACCAAAACUAAACUAGUUUUUACUAAUUUUGAAGAGGAAAAAAAAAA